AGAUCCGCCGCCAAAAAGAGAUGGGUUCCGCGUGGGAAGAACCAACAUGCGUUCUGAUAACUGGCGGCUGUGGAUUCAUUGGGUCCAACUACAUAAACUUUACCUUCAAUAAAUGGAAAAACACAAAAUUCAUUAACUACGAUAAAUUGGCUUUUGGAGCUUCUCCGCUGCACGUGGAGAAGGAGAUUAGAGAGUCGCCGAGAUACAAAUUCGUCGAGGCUGCACUUGAGGAUCAACCAACUUUGAUCAAAACUCUUCAAGAGAAUGAGGUCGAUAUGGUGAUUCACUUUGCCGCCAUCACCCACGUCGACGAAUCCUACAGCGACAGAAUCGGUACGAUUCAAGACAACAUUAUUUCUACUACUACUCUUCUUGAGAGCAUCGUCAACAGCCCAUACAAGGGUGUCAAAAAGCUUGUCCAUAUCAGUACAGAUGAAGUUUACGGAGACUCUUUUGAAGAUACCACUCCAAAGUCAGAGUCCGCAUCUCUACCAAAUCCAACAAAUCCAUAUGCCGCUAGCAAGGCUGCUUGUGAGAUGGUUAUUAGAUCCUAUUGGCACUCCUACAAACUUCCAUACGUGAUGGUGCGCAUGAACAACGUCUAUGGGCCACGCCAAAUCCAUACCAAGCUCAUCCCAAAGUUCACCAAGCUCGCUUUGGAUGGAAAACCCUACCCACUUAUGGGAGACGGUCUUCAUACUAGAAGUUGGAUGUAUGUGGAAGACUGCUCGGAGGCUAUUACAAGAGUAGCACUUGAAGGAACACUAGGAGAAAUUUACAAUAUUGGAACUGACUUUGAGAUGACAAAUAUUGAACUUACGAAGAUGAUUCAUUUCACAGUGAGCAAACUUUUGAACAGAGAGCCAACGGCUCCAACGUUUGCUCCGAUCCCAGAUAGACCAUACCACGAUCGCCGUUAUUACAUCGACUUCUCGAAAAUUCGCAAUGCAAUGGGAUGGCAAUGCACAACUCCAUUCAGCGAAGGACUCAUGAAAACGAUCGACUAUUACGUGAAGUUGCACGUGGCGACAGCUCGUCUCCAGGGUUAAAUCUCACUAUUGGAACACACUUGUCAAUUAAUAUAUAUUUACUCAAAAAUCUCGUAUUUAUUCAAUAAUUUAUUUGAAUUUUUUAAAUACCUAUUAUAUUUGUUUAUUAACGUGUGCUAUUAGAGAAGCAUCCACCAUUUUAUGUAUCUGACAAUUUGCCCCCCGCCCCUCUUCUCAAAACCCCCUAUCUACAGUUCAAUAACCUGCAAAUGAUAUAUUUGUUGUAAGCGCUUUCUGUGAUCUUUAUUUGCAAGUCGUCUUUCGUUUUUUUUUUCCUAACAUUUCAUACACCUAACAUAAUACCCAUCGCGUCUGAAAUUGGUUUAUUUGUAAUUUGAGUGCAAUCCAUAAUUUAUUGACUAAAUAAAAUGUGCAUAAAAC